AUGGCUCUGCUGGAAGUCAGCAGUCAAAAGACGCUGUUGAAAACGGCUAUUCUAGGUCUCAUUGCAGCAGCAGCAUUCUCAUCACGUCUAUUCAGUAUUGUGCGCUAUGAAUCUGUCAUCCACGAAUUCGACCCUUGGUUCAACUAUCGAGCUACACGCAUGCUUGUGAAGGAUGGUUUCUACGAUUUCUGGAAUUGGUUUGACGACCGGUCGUGGUAUCCUUUGGGACGCGUUGUGGGAGGCACGGUGUAUCCAGGUCUUAUGGUGACUUCAGCUAUCAUUCACAAUGUCUUGCACUAUCUCAAUUUCCAAGUCGAUAUCCGCAACGUGUGUGUAUUGUUGGCUCCCAUGUUUUCUGGUGCGACCGCCAUUGCAACCUAUCUAUUGACAAAGGAGCUGAAGGAUUCCUCGGCAGGAUUACUGGCAGCAGCAUUUAUCGGCAUUGCACCAGGCUACAUCUCACGUUCCGUCGCUGGCUCGUACGAUAACGAAGGCAUCGCCAUCUUUUUGCUCAUGUUUACCUUUUUCUUAUGGCUCAAAGCACUCAAGCUUGGAUCCGCCUUGUAUGGUGCAUUCACCGCCUUCUUCUACUUUUACAUGGUCGCCGCUUGGGGUGGCUAUGUCUUCAUCAUCAACUUGAUUCCACUUCAUGUCUUUGUCCUCAUGCUCAUGGGUCGCUUCUCCACCCGCAUCUACGUGGCCUAUUCCACAUUCUACGUCCUUGGCACACUCAUGUCCAUGCAAAUCCCCUUUGUUGGUUUCCAACCUACUCGUACAUCCGAACACAUGGCAGCAUUGGGUGUGUUUGGCUUAUGCCAGAUUAUGGGAUUCGUUGAAUUGUUACGCAGCCAUCUUCAAGCCAAGCAAUUCCAAACGGUGCUCAAGGCUCUUGUGUUAUCGACAUUUGUUCUUGGAUUUGCUGCUUUGGUUGGAUUGACGUAUGCUGGUUACAUUGCGCCAUGGACAGGUCGUUUCUACUCGUUAUGGGAUACCGGCUAUGCCAAGGUCCAUAUUCCUAUCAUUGCAUCCGUAUCUGAACAUCAACCUACUGCAUGGGCAUCAUUCUUCUUUGACUUGGAAAUGCUUAUCUUUUUGUUCCCUGCUGGCAUUUAUCUAUGCUUCCGCCAAUUGCGUGAUGAGCACGUGUUUGUCAUUGUCUAUGGCAUCUUUGCAUCCUACUUUGCUGGUGUGAUGGUCCGUUUGAUGCUCACGCUCACUCCUGUCGUUUGUGUGUGCUCUGGUAUUGCCGUAUCCACCUUGCUUGAUACCUACCUUGAUACAACUUCGAUUGAACCUGCCAACCAAGAAUCAGCUGCUGAAUCAUCUGAAAAGAAAAAGGGAAAACAAGCUGCAUCCAAGUCUGCAUCUUCGUCGUCUUCUUCCUCUGAACAAUCCAAGAAACCAGGCAUUUACACUCGUGAUUCUCGUACUUUGGUCGUCAGCAGCUUUAUCUUUUUCUUGAUCAUCUUUGUGUGGCAUUGCACUUGGGUUACUUCCAACGCAUACUCGAGUCCUUCUAUUGUAUUGGCUUCUCGUAACCCCGAUGGAUCUCAGCACAUCAUUGAUGACUUCCGUGAAGCCUACUAUUGGUUACGCCGCAACACCAAAGAGGAUGCCAAGAUCAUGUCGUGGUGGGAUUACGGAUAUCAAAUUGCUGGUAUGGCAGAUCGUCCUACCUUGGUCGAUAACAACACUUGGAACAAUACCCAUAUUGCCACGGUGGGCCGUGCCAUGUCUUCGGGUGAAGAAGAUGCCUAUGAGAUUAUGCAAAAACACGAUGUCGACUACGUCCUUGUCAUCUUUGGUGGUUUACUCGGUUAUUCAGGAGAUGAUAUCAACAAGUAUCUGUGGAUGAUUCGUAUUGCUGAAGGUGUGUGGCCUGACAAGAUCAAAGAAGCCAACUAUUUCACAGCAAGUGGCGAUUAUCGUGUAGACGAUCAAGCAUCCCCUGCUAUGCGCAACUCGCUCAUGUACAAGAUGAGUUAUUACCGAUUCAAUGAAUUAUUUGGUGGUCAACAACCCAUGGAUCGUGUUCGCCAACAACGACUCCCUGUCCAAGGACCCGAACUCUCAGUGUUGGACGAGGCCUUUACCUCGGAGAACUGGAUUGUCCGUAUUUAUAAGGUCAAGGAUCUUGAUAACUUGGGUCGCUCUCAUAAGGCUGCAAAAGAUUUCGAAAGUGGCAAAAAGAAGCGAAAGACCAGAAGCAAAAAGAGCAAGGAACGGAGACGACGCGCUGGUUCGAUCGAUGAUCUCGAUUAG